CUCCACCUUACAAGUUUCGAUGUCAAAGACGAAGAGAGACAGAUGUUCAGGCACAGACAAAUGAUUGCAGGUGUUCUGCUGCUGUGUGCUUUUGUUGUGCAUGGCUGCAAUGGCAUCGUCUUACAGGAGAACACCUGUGAAUCAAAUCAAACGGUGGAGUGUUUCCAUCCAUUAGACCACCUGAAUGCAUCGCUUCCAGUUCGUUUGGAGGUGGAUGCAGGCAAGAUGCUUUUCAUCUCCCUGGAUGGCCUCCACAGCUGCAGUUUCAGUAGAGGAUCAGAUGCCGUACCAACAACUAACAGAAGCUCCUCCAUGACACCGCCAGUGCUUUCUGAGAGCUAUUCUGGCGAAUACACUUUGAGAUGUGGGCACGGGUUCUCGUUGUCCUUUUCUCUCCAUGUCAUCACAAAACGUCCCACAAUACCUCGUCUGACACUGGUCCGCGUCGAUAUUUCAGGGGGAUCCCCCUAUUUUAAUUGUGCAUCCCAGGGUAUCCCAAAUCCCACUCUGAGAUGGUCAGGAGGGCAAAAGGGAGGAGGAGUAGCGGGAAAAAAUGAGAACAUAAUUAGCAGCAUUGAAUUCCAAAACAAUGUAGUGAUGUGUUGUGCUAAUAAUAGUCAAGGUCAAGAAUGCUCCAAACUAUAUGACUAUGAUGUGUCAAGUGACCUGAUGAGAAAGGAGGAGGUCUCCAGUUUGAUUAUAAGUCCCGGGCAGCCUCUCUUGCUUCGUUGCAGGGCCCAACGCCACAGAUGGAAUCAGUUGACCAUGUGGGAAAAGGACGGCCAACUGUUAACGUCCACUGCUUUACCGUGCCCUGCGAAAAUCAAGGAGAAGAUGUGCAUAAGAAAUGACAAGGAUUUGACAAAAUUGAUGACUUACUUGUUUAUCGACUCUGUGACCACUGAUCACAACGGCACGUACACCUGCAAGGACCAAACCAUAUCCAAAUCGGUUGAUGUCAGCGUCUUGGCGGAAGGAUUCCUCAAGGUGCAGCUGGAUCCGAGAAAAACUCUGCUAGCUGAGAAUGCACCCAGAGCGUGUUUGGAAGCCGCCGUAUUUUACCACCCUACGCUGGAGUACUGCAUGUGGCAGACACCCCGUGGCAUUUUGUCAAAAUGCAUCACGGAGGACUGGGUCACGAAGCAAAGGACAGUGAAGUUUUGUGGUGGACUCCAAUCUGGAGAAUACAAGUUAACCGUGAAGGCUGGUGGACAAAACACGAGCAAAUCUGUGUUUGUUUGUGUUGUAGACGAACCAAAAUUCAGAUUGACCAUAGACAAGCACAACCACAGUACCAACAUUCAGACUGAGAGUGCCGUCCCAGCAAAUUACACGUGGCUGUCCUGUUUUUCUCCCAAUGAAAGUUGUUCGGGUCUGUCCCACUGGACAGAGGUCCCCGAAUCACGGCGAACCGACUCAGACGUUCAUUGCCGAAAGACCAUCGAGAGCUCCAUAAUUAUGGAUCUGCCAGAUGCACAUUACGUGAAGUUUUGCCUAGCGAAUUCAGUCGGCUCUUGGUGUUCGCUUCCACACCCGGUGUACUUCCCAUCUUCCCCGCAGGCAUCCAAAGGAGAUCUGAAAGAAGAGAAAUACAUCUUCACGGUUCUAAAAACCGGCAGCGUGAUCCUGGUUGUGGCUUUGUUCACUGUCAGUCUGGCACUCAUUUACCACGUAAAAAAGAAGAAACCACAGUAUCAGCCCCAGCUGCAGAUGAUCCAAAUGGUGGGCCCCAAUGAUAAUGAUUACAUCUACAUUAACUUCAAGGACUUUGAGUAUGACCGCAAAUGGGAGUUUCCUAGGGAGAAUUUGGAAUUAGGCAAAGAACUAGGCUCUGGUGCUUUUGGCACAGUUGUUCAGGGCACAGCGUACGGUAUCAAGAAGGCCGGUGUGUCACAGCAGGUGGCCGUCAAGAUGCUUAAAGAGAAACACCAAGCAGUGGAGAAAGAAGCAUUGAUGUCUGAACUCAAGAUGCUGACGCACAUCGGUCAACACUCGAACAUCGUGAACCUGCUCGGAGCGUGCACGGAGUCAGGUCCCAUUUAUCUCAUCUUUCAAUACUGCUGCCAUGGGGAUUUGCUGAACUACCUGAAAAGCAGCAGUGAGCGCUACCAUAAGUCAGCAGUGGACGCCGUCACUAAGGACCGUAACAGCAGCCUUUACCAAAACCUGACGCCAGGAAAAAACUCAACCACUGUGCAGGAAGGCGACAUAGACAAGUACGUCCCAAUGCAUGUCGCCUAUACUGAGGGGCAAGAGAACAUAGCUCUCCUCCAUCUCGACUCAGAUGACCUGGACAGUCUUGAAGACCAAGAAAUCGAUGAGAAUGGAAACACCAACGACCUGCAAGCCCUGACUUUUGAGGAUCUGUUGAGCUUUGCUGUCCAAGUGGCCAAAGGCAUGGAGUUCCUUUCCUCUAAAAAUUGUAUUCAUCGUGACCUGGCGGCUCGCAAUGUGUUGGUAACCAAGGGCCGGCUAGUGAAAAUUGCCGACUUCGGAUUGGCACGGGAUAUCGACAAUGACUCCAACUACGUCGUGAGAGGAAAUGUGCGUUUGCCAGUCAAGUGGAUGGCACCGGAAAGCAUCUUCCAAGGGAUGUACACCAUGAAGAGCGACGUUUGGGCAUACGGAAUUCUCCUGUGGGAGAUAUUCUCUCUGGGUGUCACACCUUACCCAGGUGUGAAGGUGGACCACGGGUUCUAUUCCAGGAUUCAGAAUGGUUUCAAGAUGGAGUGUCCUUACUACGCGGAUGAGUCUGUAUACGGGAUGAUGUGCAAGUGCUGGGCCUUGAACCCUGAAAACCGUCCUUCCUUCUCCAAAUUGGUGGCCUUCAUGUCAGACCAUCUGACGGUCAGUGAAGAGAAGCUCUAUCAGAACAUCAUCAACCACACAUCUGGCGACUACCACAAUGCAUCAGCCAUUUCGGAUGCUUCUGCUUUUGCCCAACAGAACAAGAACGAGGCGUUAUCUGAUGAAAAUCAAGUGAAGAUGUACAGUGAGAAACAAGUGGUUUAGCUUUCGGUAAAAACUAGGGCUGUCAAAAUUAUCACGUUAACGGGCGUUAAUUAAUUUUUUUAAUGAAUCACGUUAAAAUAUUUGAUGCAUUUAAUGCAUGCACUGAAUGACCCGCUCACGCAUCGCCUCAAACAGAUUACAAUGAUGCCGUUUAUGGACAUUAAAAGUGAAGAGAAUGCCACCGGCCGCUUGGGGGCAGCGCUGAUCCAGACUAAUGUUAUUCCUUCUACUAGUGGGAGAAUUAGUAGUUGUGAGACGUUUAUGCUGUUACAUUGUGCUAUUUGUGCUCCACGCAUAUUUCUGUAAGCUUUUAGUGGCAAUUAUGUGUCUCUUGUUGUAUUUUGGGUAAGAUAUGUACAGAGAUAUAUAUGUUAUAAAGGCGAGUGGACACAGGCGUUCUUUGGACCGCCCCGUUUAUUGGCAUAAGCUUCGGCAACUCCUUCACAACAAACAUAAGUAUCAUUUAGUGAAAGCACAACAAAAAUAAUAUUCCUAUUUCACAAAAAUAAAAUAAUGUUCACAAACAGAAAAACACUUCAGUCUGUAGCAAUGAGGCCCUAUUCUCACACAGUUAAACAACAAUGCAAAGUGAACUGGCAACUUACUCAGACUUUGGUCACUCUAUUCUUAUUAUUGUUAUUUUUAUUCUUAUUAUUAUAUUAACUCUACUUUUGAUUGAAAAUUUUACAAAUUUUAUCAAAACAAAAGCAUGAAGAGGGGUUUUAAUAUAAAAUUACUAUAACUUUUAACUAUAACAUUUAUCUUUUAAGAACUACAAGUCUUUCUAUCCGUGGAUCACUUUAACAGAAAGAAUUUUAAUAAUGCAAUUUGUGGAUUUAUUAUAAACAAAUACAGUGCUUAUGUACAGUAUGUUGUAUGUAUAUAUCCGUCAUGUGUGUUAUCUUUCCAUUCCAACAAUAAUUUACAGAAAAAUAUGGCAUAUUUCAGAGAUGGUUUGAAUUGCGAUUCAUUACGAUUAAUUAAUUUUAAAGCUGUGAUUAACUCGAUAAAAAAUUUUUAAUCGUUUGACAGCCCUAGUAAAAACUAAAAGCAAUGACCUUUGCCAAGUACUGGAAAAUCGCAAAUAAAAACAAGAAUAUCGUCCGUACCACAGUAAAAAUUGUAUGUCGCAUACCUUCUGCAUUAUCCUGUUUUGAAUGAAAAGUAUUCCAUGAUAUGUGGUGUAGAUCUGCAGAUUCAUGUAAACCAUAUUUGCAUUGUUUUAAGUUGUUGUAUGAAAUACAGCAUAAAUUGGCCAGUGACAAGUGACAAUGAUGUUCAUUAUGGCAGCUACUUUUUUUUUUUUUUUUAAUGUUAUAACGUUUUUAUUGUGCCACUGUGUUUUAGAUUUUUUACCUCCUUCAAAUAUUUGUAAAUGAUUUACUAUUUGAUCAAGAACACGUUUUAAUUGUCACUGAUUUAAUCAAAGGUAUUUUGAUUUUGAGUGUAAUGUUUUGUGUAUUUUUUCCAAGCCGACGCAGUAUAAACAUGCAAAUAAAUGCACU